AUGGCCUCUUCUUCUAAGAAGUCACAAGAUUCUGCGCAGAAGAUCCUGCGGGAUCUCGCUUCCUUAAGCGAGAAUAGGUUUUGCUUCGACUGCAAUCAAAGAGGACCUACUUAUGUUAAUAUGUCUAUAGGUUCUUUCGUUUGCACGAGUUGCGGUGGUGCUCUACGUAAAUAUAACCAACGGGUCAAGUCGAUUUCCAUGUCAAAUUUCAAUAUGCAGGAAAUCUUCUUUUUGAAGAAGCGCGGGAACAAAGCAUGUCAGAAGAUAUACAUGGCUUUGUGUGAUGGAGAACCCAGGGAAAAGCUGGAGAACUUUGACGACUUCCUGCGUUUGAAAUACGAAAUCCGGAAAUGGUACCGUGAGCCCGGCCCCGAGAUUGAAGAGGAGGCUCUCUGUGAAAACCAAGAGGCUCUAGAUCGUGCGUCGCAAACACCGACGCCUAAGACAAACAGGAUUGGUGUGAAUGCUGCUGCCGGCCUUAUCAUUCUUCCCAGCCGGUCUCUUCCGUCUGUUCUGUCACAUGCUUCAUCUACCACUUCCAACCAAUCUCGGCCCAAUGAAUCUUCUCAGAGUGGACCCGGUACAGCUUCGAGCCCUCAACCACUUAACAAUAUUUCACGGCUACUACCGCCUACUCAGGUGUUUAAUACUUUUAAAUUCAUAUCUGCACCUAAAAGCCUGCUUGGACUAGACUCACUGAUCUAG